UGAUCAAUCAAUUCCUCUUGUUUUUCUUGGUGAUCCUCUUAUAUCCAUGUCAGUUCGAUUCACAUUCUCUGCACCUGAAUUCCACAACCAUUACUUUCUCUAGUUGCCUCCCUCACCAAAGCUCUAUUUUACUCCAACUUAAAUCUGAGUUUACAUUUAAGAAGCAUGAAUCCUUUGAUGGUGGUUAUGCAAAGAUGAAAUCUUGGAAGGCUGGCGGUGACUGCUGUUCUUCUUGGGAUGGUGUCUCAUGCGAGAGGGCUACUGGUUAUGUAAUAAGCCUUGACCUCAGCCAGAGUUUGCUUCAUGGGUCUCUGCGUUCUAACAGCAGCCUUUUUAGCUUGCUUCAUCUUCGAAAGCUCAACCUUGCCUUCAACAACUUCAAUUCUUGCCCGAUUCCUUCGAAGUUUGGCCAACUUUCAAGGUUAACCCAUCUCAACCUCUCUAAUUUAAUGUUUCAUGGGCAUAUUCCAAUAUCUCAAAUUUCAAGACUCAGAAAUUUGGUUUCACUUGAUCUUUCUUUCAAUGGUGACUAUGUUUCUAACUUGUAUGUAAGAAGAGGAGAGCUGGGAAGGCUUAUCCAAAACAUGACCAAUUUAAGACAACUUCACCUUGAUUGGGUGCAAAUUCAUUCACCUGUACCGAUUCACUUUGCAAAUUUAUCUUCCUUGACACAUCUCUCUUUUCUGCAGUGCAAUUUGCAUGGUGAGUUUCCAAAUGAUAUCUUCUAUUUGCCUAACUUACAGUUUAUCCGACUGUCUCAGAACCACAAUCUUUCCGGUUCUUUUCCUGAAUUUCGAUCUGGUAGCAUGCUCAAGUUAUUGGAUCUUUCUUCUACAAAAUUUUCAGGAAAGGUACCAAAUUCGAUUGGCAACCUUAAAUCCUUGAAUAUUUUGAUUCUCAGUUACUGCAGUUUUUCUGGGAUUAUUCCUUCUUCGGUUUGGAAUCUUACUGGAAUUAAACAUCUUGAAUUUAACAGUAAUGGAUUUAGCGGUCAAAUUCCAUAUUCACUUGGAAACCUCACACACUUGGAAUAUUUGUCUGUCUCAAGUAAUUCUUUCAGUGGCAAACUCCCAAUAUCACUCCUACAUCAAGUCAAAUAUAUCGAUUUUAGGGACAAUGAUCUGACAGGUUCAAUUCCAUCCAUUAUUUCUAACUUGACGUUCCUUGAGUGGCUUGAUCUGUCAAAUAAUUCAUUCACCGGAGUCAUUCCUGGUUCUUUAUUUAAACUGCCUUCUUUGACGUACUUAUCUCUGGAAAACAAUCAAUUUACAGGCUAUCUCAACAUCCAAAAUGUCUCUAAUUUAUCCCCAUUAGAGCUUCUGAUAUUAAGUGGAAACAAACUAAUUGGACAUAUUCCAUGUUCAGUGUCCAAAUUCACAAUGCUUUUCUAUCUUAACCUUGAUUCAAAUGAUUUGAGUGGAAAAGUCGAUUUUAGCAUCUUCUCGGAGAUGAGUUCGCUUUUUUAUCUUGAUCUUUCAAAUAACAGAGGCUUAUUUAUAUCAAAUUUAACCACGACAUCUAUGCUCUCGAAUCAAUUUCAUGGAAUAUAUUUAUCCUCUUGCAACAUCAGAGAGUUCCCUAUAUUCCUGAAAACGCAAGGUGAAUUGGAGGAAUUAGAUCUUUCCAACAAUAAUAUCAGCGAUCCAAUACCGAAAUGGUUAUUGAACGUUGGGAUAGAGACCUUGCAUAACUUGAAUCUUUCUCACAACUUCAUUGGCGGUUGGGAAAAAGCUCCCUUAAUUCUUCCAUGGAAGGCAAUGUAUACACUUGACCUGCAUUCCAACAUGUUGCAUGGUUCACUUGUUGUUCCACCAAUGUCCACAACAUACUUUUCCAUCUCAGAAAAUAGUUUGGUUGGAAGAAUUGAUCCACUGUUCUGUAAAUUGAGGGAUCUUAGAUAUCUUGAUUUGUCAAGUAACAAUUUGAGCGGUGUUAUUCCUCAAUGUUUGGGGAACUUCAGUAGUUCUCUCUUGGUUCUAAAUCUAAGAGGAAACAACUUGAAUGGCAAUAUGCCUAGGACAUGUGGGGAUAGGAACCAAUUACAAACAUUGGACUUUAGCUACAACAAUUUACAUGGAAAGAUUCCAAAGUCUCUAAUUAAAUGCAAAGAGCUGCAAAUUCUAAAUCUCGGCCACAAUCAGAUGACUGACACAUUUCCUUUUAUGGUACAGAGUUUUUCGAAGCUUCAAGUUCUCAUUUUAGCUUCCAAUAAAUUUUACGGUCCAAUAUGGCAUCCACAUAGGUUUUUUGGCUUUGUGAACUUAAAUAUCAUUGAUCUAUCCUUCAAUGAUUUUACUGGAAGUUUACCGUCGCAUUACUUUCGAAAUUGGACUUCAAUGGAAGAAACUUCAUAUAAUAAGUCACAAUUGAAGUACAUUGGUGGGGGAUCCUAUAGCUACUCUGUUACCGUGGUCAAUAAGGGACAAAAAUUGCUUUACAUUAGAAUUUUUACUUUCUUCAUGUGCAUUGAUUUCUCAAAUAACAAAUUUCAUGGAGAAAUUCCAAGGACAAUAGGGGAUCUUCAAACUUUAGUCGUGCUCAACUUGUCAAGUAAUAAUUUUACAGGACCCAUUCCACCAUCUUUAGGGAAUCUGAUUAAGCUUGAAUCCCUAGAUCUCUCUAAAAAUAAGCUUUUCGGUCAAAUCCCUCAGCAGUUUACUAGACUCACAUUUCUUGAAUAUUUGAACCUCUCUGAUAAUGAACUUGUGGGUUCAAUACCUCAAGCUGGACAGAUCGGUAUAUUUGAAAAUUCUUCCUUUGAGGGAAAUUGGGGAUUAUGUGGUCCUCCAUUGUCAAAGAAGUGUGGAACCUCUCCUUUACCACCUCAUGACAAUGAGAAAUCAGGUGAUUCAAUAUUAUCUGGUUUUGGUUGGGAAGCUGUUGCGAUAGGAUAUGGAUGCGGACUCAUAAUUGGAUUGAUGCUCGGAUAUAUCAUCACCUCAAGGAGCCCAUACUUGGUGUUCAAGAUUUUUCAUGUGACCCCACCUAGGAGACUAGGAGGAGUAAACAGAUGGAAGCGCUUCAAGUUAAAGCAGAAGAACUUGGAUUCUUGUGGCUAAAUGAUGAAACAAGGAAGCCUAGAGCUUGAAGAUGAUGCUAGCUGUUGACAAGUUACCAUUACUCG